ACAUUUUUUAUUAACAAUGGCAGCAUUGAAGUUAUUGUCAGUUGAUCAUAAAGAUGGCGGUGGCUCUGUCACCCGAUCAAGAGGUGGCGACAAAAGCAUUUUUGGACACACUGAGCGAGUCGGGCGCGGCGUGCGUAUCGCGCGCCACUGCGAUCAAGUUUCUGUUGGCACGCAAGUUUGACGUUGCGCGUGCGCAUGCACUCUGGAGACAGCAUGAGGCCACGCGCCGCCGCGAGGGACUCAACAAGUUUGAGCCCUUCGUGGACCCUCUCAAGUCAGAGCUCGACACUGGAAAAUUUACUAUACUGCCGACGAGAGACGCCACCGGUGCUGCUAUCGCGGUGUUCACGGCGAACAAACACUUCCCAUCGCAGACGACGCAUCAAACAACCUUACAGGGCGUGGUGUACCAGCUGGACGUGGCGCUGCAGUCGCCGGACACGCAGCGCGCCGGCCUCGUGUUCAUAUACGACAUGACCGACUCCAAGUACACCAACUUCGACUACGAGCUCUCGCAGAAGAUACUCACCAUGUUGAAG